AUGUCGAGAGAAAAGCGACCCGCCAAUGAAGCCUUUGGUACCAGCCAACUGGUCAAGCGCACAAAGUCGGACGCGAACCUUGCGAGCUCGGCGGUAGCCAAAGUGAAUGGCUCUGGCGCAAAUGGCGCGCUUAUACAAGCGGGGUCGCGUACCAGCGCGCUGCAGUCGCCGGUUAUGGAAUUGACGGGCCAUUCUGGCGAAGUCUUCGCAGCGCGAUUCGAUCCGACGGGACAGUACAUAGCGUCCGGUUCCAUGGACCGAUCCAUACUACUCUGGCGCAGCUCUGCAUCAUGCGAAAACUACGGUAUUCUGACAGGACACAAGCAAGCGGUGCUUGAUCUGCAUUGGUCGCGCGACUCCAAGGUCCUCUUUUCCGCCUCGGCCGAUAUGCACCUAGCCAGUUGGGACGUCGAGACGGGAGAGAGGAUACGAAGACACCCCGGGCACGAAGAGGUCAUCAACUGCAUGGACGUGAGCAAGCGUGGUGAGGAGAUGCUCGUGAGCGGCUCAGACGACGGCUACAUCGGCAUCUGGGACACGAGAACCAAAGACGCCGUGACAUUCAUCCCCACCGACUUCCCCAUAACCGCCAUAUGCUUGGCAGAAGCUGGCAACGAGCUCUUCACCGGAGGCAUCGACAACGACAUCAAGGUCUGGGAUCUACGGAAACAGGCCGUCACCUACACGCUGCUGGGUCACACGGAUACCGUCACCUCGCUCCAAUUGUCUCCUGACAAUCAAACUCUCCUAUCAAACGCACACGACUCGACUGUCAGGACAUGGGAUGUGAGACCAUUUGCGCCUGCAGACAGGCGCAUUCAGACAUACGACGGAGCCCCAACCGGCCAAGAGCGCAACCUCCUGAAGGCGAGCUGGGACUCCAAGGGAGAGAAGAUUGCUGCUGGGAGCGGGGACCAGAGCGUAGCCGUCUGGGAGACGCGGACAGGAAAGCUGUUGAACAAGCUUCCUGGCCAUCGAGGUGCUGUCAACGAUGUGCGGUUCCACCCGCUCGGUGAACCAAUCUUGCUCUCCGCAUCCUCGGAUCGCAAGCUCAUGGUAGGUGAGCUAGGCAAGUGA